AGCCCGGCAGCGAAUGAACGCGGGCGGCCGCGGCCUUAGCCUGGUCGUCGGCGCGUGCGCGGGUCCCGAAACCCUGGCGGAGCGCAGCGCGAAUGGAGGCCUGAGGGCGGCGGGGGCGGGGCGUGCCGCGAGCGGGGGCCUCGGCCGCGGCCGGCGCCGUCUAGAGGAGGCCCGGCCGUUCGCCACCACGCACUCGGGAGCCGGGAAGCGCAGGCGGGUCACGCCGUGGGCCGCGGCGGCGAUGCAGCGACGACAGCGCGCUCCGCCCGCGUCUCAACCGGCCCAGGACGGCGGGCGAAGCGAGGACGUGGAGGUGCAGUUCUCCGCCGGGCGUUUGGGCUCGGCCGCGCCUGCGGGGCCCCCGGCGCGCGGCACCGCCGAGGACGAGGAGCGGCUGGAGCGCGAGCACUUCUGGAAGGUCAUCAACGCGUUCCGCUACUACGGGUAAGGCGCGCCCGCCCGCCCGCACGCCGCAGUCUCGGGGCCCGCCUCGUGGCUGGUUCGCGGAGCCCGCGGUCACCUGCGCGCGGGCGGUCCCGUGGGGCUGCCUCCCACCUCACCCGGAGCCGCCGGAGCGAGUGUGCACUUUUUGUAGAGAACUGAACGGUGCUGCCGAGUGGCUCUGACCGGAUGGUGGAGGGAGGAAGAGAUCCCGGAGUUGCAAAAUGUGCAUCUUGGUAAGGAAAAAAGAGAGCGGGCACCGGAGCCGGCUUUAUGUUCUUGUGGUCUGCGACACCAGCAUGCAUGAACGAGUGAACAGAACAGAAAGACAGUUUCGGUCCCUUCCAGAGAACCAGCAGAAACUGCUUCCUCAGUUUCCUCUUCACUUGGACAAGAUCCGGAAAUGCAUUGACCAUAAUCAGGAAAUACUGCUGACCAUUGUGAAUGAUUGCAUACAUAUGUUCGAAAAUAAAGAAUAUGGAGAAGAUGCCAAUGGAAAGAUUAUGCCAGCAUCUACAUUUGACAUGGAUAAGUUAAAAUCUACACUGAAACAGUUUGUAAGAGACUGGAGUGAGACCGGGAAAGCAGAAAGGGACGCCUGCUAUAAGCCAAUCAUUAAAGAGAUUAUCAAAAAUUUUCCAAAGGAGAGAUGGGAUCCUUCUAAAGUAAAUAUUCUGGUACCUGGUGCUGGACUAGGAAGAUUGGCCUGGGAAGUAGCUAUGCUAGGUUAUGCUUGUCAAGGAAAUGAAUGGAGUUUUUUUAUGCUCUUUUCUUCCAACUUUGUACUCAACAGAUGUUCUGAAAUUAACAAAUAUAAACUUUAUCCCUGGAUCCAUCAGUUUAGCAAUAAUCGGAGAUCAGCUGAUCAGAUCCGACCCAUUCUUUUCCCUGAUGUUGACCCCCACAGUCUUCCUCCUGGUUCUAACUUUUCCAUGACAGCAGGAGACUUUCAGGAGAUUUACUCAGAAUGCAAUGCCUGGGACUGUAUUGCCACCUGCUUCUUCAUAGACACAGCUCACAAUGUAAUUGAUUAUAUUGAUACAAUAUGGAGAAUACUCAAGCCAGGUGGAAUCUGGAUAAAUCUUGGUCCUCUACUAUACCAUUUUGAAAAUCUGGCAAAUGAACUGUCUAUAGAAUUGAGCUAUGAGGAUAUUAAAAAUGUUGUUCUUCAGUAUGGAUUUCAGCUAGAGGUGGAGAAAGAAUCUGUAUUGUCAACAUAUACUGUGAAUGAUCUCUCUAUGAUGAAAUACUACUAUGAGUGUGUUUUGUUUGUGGUCCGGAAGCCACAAUAAUGGUCUUAAGUGCUAUUACCCAGAAAAACAUUUAAUAAGAGUAAAUGAUGAAAUAAACAACUCAGAGUCAACUAUCGGUGACAACAGGACACAACCUCAAAUCAGUGGUGCCUUCUUAUUCCUAACAAAAUUUAGAAAUAGUGUCUAUUUUCUUAAUGAUGUCUAUUGCUUUUUUCAGAAAUAUACUAUGCCGUGCAAAUUUAUACCACACAAGUAAAAAAAAAAAAAAAAAUGAAGACAUUAUCUCCCAUGCAGAUAUCUAAUGGAGGAACUAUCUUCAAGUACUUUUUUCUUUGAAGCCCUGAAUUGUCUUUAAGAAAAUAAACAUAAACUCCAGGUUUCAUGAAGCUAUUGCGAGUCUGCAAUAGAAUUUGAAACUAUUCUUUCAUCAUUCAAAAUAGUUUUAUUUUAUUUUUUAGCUCAGCCGCAUUUAGAGAACAUCAAACAUGUCAUGUAUGAAAUGCUAAAUCAGUUGUAUCACAGGUUAAAACUCAUGAACUACAGUAACAGAGAAAGUCUUUGUCCAUGUUAAACUGAAUCUUAUAUCAAUCACUGGAUCCCUUUGAAAUGUAUGUAAAUAUAAAUAUUUGGAGGUCCAAAAGCUUCUUUUAUAAAGCAGUGUUAAGAAACUGGAAAAAUAAGAAUAAAAUCUGCCCAUCUGAAAUACAUAAUUUCGAAUUAGAAAUUAAUUACAAAGCUUGUCGUGUGAUGUUUACAAUGAUGUGUUUUAUAAAGUAUGUGGCUUAUGGAAGCAAGCACUUUUUUAGUUAACAUGUAUUCUAGUGAAAAUUAUAAUAGAAUUAAUGUGAGAAGUUCUGAGUAUAAAAUUCAGGGAUAAAUUAAUGCCUGUGUUCUGUGUCUUCCUAGGCAGCAGCCAUUCAUGGAAUUUCAGAUUAAUACUAAUUUUGUCCCCAGAUAAGAGUUGGAGCUGAAAGAGUAUAUGCUGCUUUAAUUUUCUACCUCUAGAGAGGCCUGGUCAGAGGGAGUUUUCCUUGUUAGUUGUAAUGCUUGUUAUUCCGUUUCCAUUAGCUAGGAAAGAAGAGGUGGAAGGUGUUUUAACUUCUGCAGGAAAAGGAAGUUCUUGCUGAGUGUUGCACAAAUGUGUGACCUCUGUGGCAUCUGGAUUAGAUGGAUUUAAUAUGUACUGGUGACAUAACUGCCUUGUUGCCAUGCUUUAAUAGGACGCCUUACUUUAAGUCCUUGAGCCUUUGUGUUGCUUAGGUUUGAGUCUGUAGGAUCUGGUAUCUUUCUAGUUGGGAGAAUUCUACACAGUAUGGGAAUUUUUGUCAUCUGUCCUUCCAUCAUGCAGUACAUGGCUCCACAGAGCAAAUUUUACUUCUUAGGCUGUGUAAAUCCAUAGUCUAGUUUUUGUCUAAAAUCAUUUCUUGUUCUUCUAUUGCUCACUACUUUACAAAUGUUCAUUUGGUGGAAAUUCUUAUCACUAUAUACAAGGGGGGAAUAUCUCUCAGAAUUAUUUUUUUAAGGGGAAAAAAUAACCUAAGAAAUGUAUUUUAAAAGUCAUCCAGUGAACAGCGAGGAAUGCAUGCUUUUUAAGUUGUUAUUUAGGAAUGCUUUUAUUCAUCGAGUGUUUUUUGUUUUUUUACAAAGGUAAGAGCAGUCUGACACCAGAGGGUUGGUUUUGUUACCUAACGAUUUUUUUUUCUGUUAUGUUUUACUCUUUAAUGUUACUACUUACAUUUCUAAAUUAUGUAUUUUACUUAACUCUGAAAUCAGUUAUUUCACUUAUUUUUUUCUUCAUAUCAUGAACGUUCUAAAAAUAUUCCUUAUAAAUUUGCAUCACUUUUUCUCUUGUGGCUUUUGAAGUUACUAUAUUCUAAACUUGAGAAGAUGGUAUAAAUCAAUAAUAGAAGAGUCACUGGGGAGCUGGUGAGAUGGCUCAGUGGGUAAGAGCACUGACUUCUUUUCCAAAGGUACUGAAUUCAAAUCCCAGCAACCACAUGGUGGCUCACAGCCUCCCAUAGUGAGAUCUGAUGCCCUAUUCUGAUGUGUUUGAAGACAGCUACGGUGAACUUAUAAUAAUAAAUAAAUCUUAAAAAAAAAAAAAAAGAGGUGUCACUGGAGGAGUUUAAUUUUGUAUUUUUUAUAUUUAGGUCCAGCUAUUAAAGUGUGUAAGUCUGGGAAAUUUAAUUUUUUUUCUUAAAUUAGUGCUAUAUACAAAUGUUCUCAGUUUUAUAAGGUGAUCAUGUGCUUUCUGUUUUUAAAUUUACAUUUUCUGAGGUGGUGAAGACUUAGGUUCUGAUCAAUAAGCAUGAUAGGGCAUGUAGACUAUACGGGAAGGCUCCUGAGCCCACAGUAUAUAGUGAGCAUGAUAGGGCAUGUAGACUAUACGGGAAGGCUCCCGAGCUCACAGUAUGCACUGGUCACGCCGGGGAACUGUAGAGUGUAUGGGCUCUGUGUGUAAUUCACGUUCUGACAUCGCCAGAAAGACGGGACUGGGAGCUUCAUGUCUGCAUGAAACUUCCUAUAUCUUUAAUGUGUGUAUAGACUUACUUUUUCUUUAAAUAUUAAAGUCUACCAAUUGCUACAACAGUUCUUGGUUGUUUCCCUCAAUGUAAUGAUGGCCAUAGUGGGAAUGUUAUUUGAGCACAUUUCUCAAUUCUUCAUUAGCCUUUUUUUUUUUUUUUUUUGUACGCUUCUAGGAACUCAAUGAGCAUUUGAGCUUUGAGUUUGCCGAGGUGUAUAGUAUCUAUUUUCACUUUGUUUCAUUCAUGUUCAGUAUAAUGAACUUGGAAUCUUCCAAGGGAAAAAGAUUAGUCUUGAUCCUUAAUUUUGUUAAAUGAUAGAAUAAACUACAAAGGCUAACAGCAGAAAAAGUUUCAAGAAGAGCAGUUUUAUCAUCUGGGGUCGCUUCUCUGAACUCUUCUCAACUGGGCGGGUAGUGUCUCUGAGGACUUCUGCCAGGUGACUCCACAGUGCCUCAGCAGGUGGCUACUGGGUGAGGACUUCACUCUGCAUUCUGACCUGGUAUUUUCUCCUCCCCUAGUGCUUUCUCUCUGUAUUGUCAACUUUUUAUUUCUAUGACAACAUACUUUUAAAGUAAAAGGAUAAUGGGUUUAUUA